AAACAAUAAAAUAAAUAAUAUAUAUAAAAAAAGAUUUUGAUGAAAUUCCAUUUUUUGGGGUACUUUAGUUGAUUUUACUCUGUUUAUCCUGUAGUUUAAUUCAGUUUUAAUUUCGAUGUAUUCUGUAAUGUAAAUACAAUGAAAUUAAUUGUGUAAAAUGAAAUUUCAAUAAAAUAAAAAAAUGAGUCUUCAUGUCCCGUUAUCGAGGACCUCGUUUAAAAAAAAUACGCCGUCUGGGAGCUUUACCAGGACUCAGUAGAAAAACACCUAAAUCCGGAAGUAAUCUUAAAAAUAAUUCAAUUCUGGGAAAAAGGAGCAAUGUCGUAUUCGUCUUCAAGAAAAACAGAAAUUGCGUUUUCAUUAUGGUCUGACAGAACGACAAUUACUUAGAUAUGUACAUAUCGCUGGAAAAGGAAAAAGGUCAACAGGCCAGGUUUUACUACAAUUACUUGAAAUGCGUUUGGAUAAUAUCCUUUUUCGAUUGGGUAUGGCUUCAACCAUUCCUGGGGCCCGCCAAUUAGUCAACCAUAGACAUAUUUUAGUUAAUGGUCGUAUAGUCAAUAUACCAAGUUUUCGUUGCAAACCCCGAGAUAUUAUUACUACGAAAGAUAACCAAAGAUCAAAAGGUCUGGUUCAAAAUUAUAUUGCUUCAUCGGACCCGGGGAAAUUGCCAAAGCAUUUGGCGAUUGACACGUUGGAAUAUAAAGGACUAGUAAAUAAAAUCCUAGAUAGGAAGUGGGUCGGUCUCAAAAUAAAUGAGUUGUUAGUUGUAGAAUAUUACUCUCGUCAGACUUGAACUUAACGAAAAAAGGAAAGGUUCAUAGAAUUUUCUUCCCCUUCCCCUUUCCCCGAACUAAAUCACCCUAAGACCAUUACCAUUAAUUUGUAUUUUCCCAUCAACUAGCUAAAAUUGAUUAACCCUAGGAUUAGGAUCCUUUUUUUCUUUUUUCCUCUAUGUGUAUUUUACAUACCACAGUAAUUUGCUAUAGAGAAUUUCUAAUUUCUAUUAAAUCAAAAUAAGAUAAUAUAAGAUAUUAUAUUAUUGCUGGAAAAAAUUGUUAUUUGAUUUGAUACAUUGUGAUCCUUAACGUUGAUGAAUUAAGAAAAACGGAAAGAGAGGGAUUCGAACCCUCGGUAAACAAAAGUCUACAUAGCAGUUCCAAUGCUACGCCUUGAACCGCUCGACCAUCUCUCCUACAUAACUUAUUAUGGAAAAUAAACUGAGUGAAUAGCGAGUUUUCUUAUUCCUGCAGUACAGGUACAACCGCAACCACUCGGGGGUUCCAUAGUUCUAUUGGAAAAAUUCCUUUUGAUCUAAGUGGAAGGAUACAUGAUUUUUUACUAGAAAUUGCGCUCGCUAUAAAAUAAAAGUUUUAAUUUGGGUUUUCCCGCAACUAAAGAAAAAGAAAAUGGAAGAAUUCUUCUUAUUGCAUAAUAAAAUAAAGAAACCUUAGAAUUCCGUUUGCAUAAGAUACGCUACACCAUACUAUCGAAAUCAAAAAUAGGGUAUUAGACAAUUAAUAACUUUGAAAACACGAAAUAGUUGAUAACAUAAGUUGUUGUUCAGAAAUAGGAAAGUGGAAUGAAAUCCAGUCUUAGUCAAAUAUUUCAUAUCUCUUCGUGUCCAAGCAGAAGGAAAAGGAUACAAUUUGAGCUGAGCGGAAAAUCCAUAUCUCUCUUAUCCAUUUAAAGCAUAUGGAUUUAGAGUAGAGCAUAUGGAUCAAUCUAUUUAUAAUUAUAAGAAUCGAAUGUGUUUGUUUUUAUGUUAUUUUGUGAAGGAAUGAAAACAAUUCUAUAUAGAAUGGGUUGGGAAUUAUGCCUAGAUCCCGUGUAAAUGGAAAUUUCAUUGAUAAGACCUCCUCAAUUGUAGCCAAUAUUUUAUUGCGAAUAAUUCCGACAACCUCAGGAGAAAAAAAGGCAUUUACUUAUUAUAGAGAUGGUGCGAUUAUGUUGGCUCAAUCCGAAGGAAAUUAUGCGGAAGCUUUGCAAAAUUAUUAUGAAGCUACGCGACUAGAAAUCGAUCCCUAUGAUCGAAGUUAUAUACUCUAUAACAUAGGCCUUAUACACACAAGCAAUGGAGAGCAUACAAAGGCUUUGGAAUAUUAUUUCCGGGCACUAGAACGAAACCCCUUCUUACCGCAAGCUUUUAAUAAUAUGGCCGUGAUCUGUCAUUACCGGGGAGAACAGGCCAUUCUACAGGGUGAUUCGGAAAUUGCGGAAGCUUGGUUUGAUCAAGCUGCUGAAUAUUGGAAACAAGCUAUAGCGCUUACUCCGGGAAAUUAUAUUGAAGCACAGAACUGGUUGAAGAUUACGAAGCGCUUUGAAUUUGAAUAAGACCAUGCUCCUUCUUUUUCAUAAAAUGGGUGGUUUGGUUGUUGAUCCAUUAAUCAAAUAAAUUAGGUCGUAA